UUUUUGUAGUAGAGACAAUAGACAAAUGUGACGUUUCAAAGAAAACUUAAACAAAUCUUUAUUGACAUUUACGUCACUUAAAAAAUGAUUGGAAUGGGGGGCCUGGGACUGGAUCUAGAUUCUCUCAACGAAUCGGUUGCUUCGAGCAUGUCAGUUAGAGACAUGUAUUCCAACAGUAACCUGAACUCGGCUAGCAGUCUUUCUUGGGCCGAUGACGAAGUAGAAAAUUAUGCCACCAUGAAAGUGCAGCACUAUCUUGACAAUCUGGAAGACUUUCUUCACACAGGCGAUCCACCUAGUGAAAGAUGUUUCAACCAGUCUGAAGCCGAACAGUGGAUGCAGCUAGUCAAUCAUUUCAAGUUCCACGGUCUGUUGAAGGAAUCUCAGAGACAAGUCAACGAAGAGCAGUGGAGGAUGAACCCCAUCAAGAAAGAAUUGGAAAUACAAGGGCACAGUUUUGUCAAUUUGCCAUCAAACAACAAGUAUGGGAUGAGCAGCACAUCUAUGGGCUACAGCCAUUUUCAGACACCGAGAGUCAGGAGUGCCUACCCUACCAAAAAAGAAGUGCAACCAAUCAGGAUUAGAAGUGCUCAUCCGCUCAAAUCACCACCUCUGCCAGUCAUCGGUCUGCGAACGGGUGCGAGAUCCGGCAACGCCAACGAGCGUUCCUACUAUCGUCCGCGGAGCCCGUCCAAAAACGCCGAUUACAUGAAAAUUCUAGAUGAAACAGCCCGCCUUUCCAUCCAAAAAAGCAUGAGUGUAACAGCUGGCGACGUUCCAGCCUUUAGCCACAAGAGCAUAUCGCCCAGCAAGAACUACACUCAACUGAAAAGGAUAAAAUUGCAGCCGUCUGCCCUUCCCAAGUUCACGGAUAGCGUUACAGAGACCAUCACCAUUUUGCCUCCACUGGCCGAAGCCAAAAAUUCUCAUCCGCUCAGAAGCAAAGUCAAGCCCAAAACGAAUCCUGCCGCGCUUGUGACGAAUCUCAAAUCGGCCAAUGGCAAAAUGAAUGGAAGCGAGAACGUUGUUGGCAGGAAGCCCACCAGUGCCGUGCAGCCAAAUCGGAGCAUAGCGUCGCAAUCAAAACUUGGACAGCAGCACCGCCAAAUGUAUAACAUUCCUCCAUCCACUUACCGUACUGGAAAUAGUAUCGAAUUGGUUGGAACGAGCUUGUCGCUUUUCGAUCCUAUCGCCAGGUGUGUUCGCCCCAUUUCAAUACCAAAACUGCGCACAAAUUUUUGAAUUACCAUUCUGUAUUACCUUCGAAAAUAUCUGGUUUUUAAACUGUCUAGUCGUGAAAAAAUUGCGAUAGAGCAAAAAAAGUUCAACCUGUUCCUUGCCCGGCUCCUACCUCCCUUAAUAAUUGUUUUGAAUGAAUAGUUCAAUUAUUCAACGCUAAAAUCCCCUCAGACAAACAUGUCGGGCGCCGACGUGUCUAACUACUACUACUCUGUACAUUGUGACGAUGAAUAUAAUCUAAUCUAUCUGCA